CUCGCUAUAUAAAACCCCGGGCGAGGACGUCGACGAAGCCUGCGCUCGCGUGUUGCUGGAUUAAUCUUCGCAGCCGGUUCCAGGACGGCAGAGUUAGUACCCCGUACAAUCCAUACCCAUACAACAUACCGGAUAAUGUCUCUAAUGUCGACCUGAACGAAAUAUUGACCCUCUCCCAUCCACACGCGCACGGCUCAGCAACAGCAAAACUUGACGUGCCUAUCUGUGACACUAUCAGACUGUGUAGGACGAGAACGAAUAAACCAUCCCGGGGUAGAAAUGGCGUCUGAAAAGAAAGAUAUCGAUGCGAUCAAUGUUGGUUCGACUCGAUUGUCAGUGGGAGAGAGUGAUGGUGAAAAUGCGCCGAUUGCAGAUGUCUUUCAGAAUGCGAAAGCUGCCACGGACAAGGAACGAAAAAUGACGCUGCUGCAAGGAAUAAGGCUCUAUCCGAAAGCACUAGCAUGGAGCAUCUUGAUCUCAACAUGCAUUGUCAUGGAAGGCUACGACAUCAGUUUGAUAAGCAACUUUUAUGCUUUUAGGCAAUUUAACCAAAAGUUUGGAGUACCGCUAGAAGAUGGGACUUACCAAGUUCCAGCGCCUUGGCAAGCUGGUCUCAGCAAUGGUGCAGCUGUAGGUGAGAUAUUCGGCUUAUUCCUGAAUGGUUGGGUCUCGGAACGCUUUGGUUAUCGGUGGACAAUCCUGGGAUCUCUGGCCUGGUUGGCUGCCUUUAUAUCCCUCUUCUUUACCGCUCAGAACGUACAAACUCUUCUUGCAGGUGAAAUCCUCUGUGGCAUUCCGUGGGGUGUAUUCCAGACCCUUACCAUCACCUAUGCCUCCGAGGUGUGCCCCGUAGCACUACGUGGUUACCUGACAACCUAUGUUAAUCUCUGCUGGGGACUUGGGCAGCUCAUAGGCAUAGGAGUAAUCCGGUCAAUGUUGGAUCGAGAAGAUGAAUGGUCCUUCAGAAUACCCUAUGCACUACAGUGGAUGUGGCCAUUACCCCUCGCAAUUGCAAUUUACAUGGCCCCAGAAUCACCAUGGUGGUUAGUCAGGAAGGGUCGCAUUGCAGAUGCGAAACGCUCGCUUCUCCGGCUGACUAGUCGGAGUGAUGAGAGUGAUUUCAACGCCGAUGAGACCAUUGCGAUGAUGCUUCAUACAACAGCUUUGGAGGCUAAAAUUACACGUGGAGCCACCUACUGGGACUGCUUUAAGGGAACAGACCUACGUCGGACGGAAAUCGUAUGCAUGGCCUGGGCUAUGCAGAACCUUAGCGGCAACUCCUUUUCGAAUUAUUCGACGUACUUCCUGGAACAGGCGGGAUUGUCCUCAUCUCAUGCCUACUCGUUUGCUAUGGGGCAGUACGCUAUUAAUAUGGUUGGAGUCUUUGGUGCUUGGGGCCUAAUGUCCUUCGGGAUUGGCCGGAGGACCCUCUACCUUGCUGGUCUAUGUGGCCUUUGCACCAUGCUGAUGGUUAUGGGAUUCCUCGGCCUGGUGCCACAGUCACACAGGAACGCGGGAUCGCUUGCUACCGGGAGUAUGAUGAUCGUUUGGGCUUUGUUCUAUCAGCUCUCUGUUGGCACGGUUACCUAUUCGAUUGUGUCCGAACUUUCAACACGGAGACUCCAGAUCAAGACCAUUGUGCUAGGCCGAAACUUAUACAACAUUGUUGCAAUUAUAUGCAACGUUUUGACUCCUUUCAUGCUCAAUCCUAGCGCAUGGGACUGGGGUAACUAUGCCGGUUUCUUCUGGGGAGGCAUCUGCUUCUGCUGCGUCGUCUACAGUUACUUCCGCCUCCCGGAACCUCAGGGACGAUCCUUUGCCGAGCUCGACGUCCUAUUUGAGCGUGGGGUUAGUGCACGGAAGUUUGCUUCUACCCAGGUAGAUGUGUUCAGCGAAGAGGUAGCAACCAAUGUGAUUGACACAUAUAAGGAAAAAGACUCUGGGAACAUUGAACCCUAGGGUGUAUGAUGUCUAAAAAUUUUGAAUUUUGAACUUUGAAGCUUUGGAGCGUUGGAGCGUUGUUAUAUGUCGUUUAAUACAUAUAUCCAUGUAUUCAUAGUCUACCAAAUAUAUAUAUAAUAACGAAUGAACGUAUCAAUAUGUGAUUUUUCUUCCCGUGUUGCUCCUGUUUCUUAUCACUGUAUUAGAAGCGAGUCUGUCAUUUAUGGGCGAAAGCUAAUAGCUUUGAGGGAAGUUUACCCUUCCCCCGGCGGGCUCAAGGUUGAUAUUGUGGGUAUAACCUUCUGAAUACCAGGUUUGGUUUAGUAUCGCUUAGGGGCUCUUGCUAGCAGUCACUGAAACUAUCUUCCAGGCACAACCUGGUAUCAAGAUACUACAGUUCUAGACAGUAACAUUCCUCCAAACGACAGCUUACAACCCGGAACUUCAAGGCUGGUUCUUUGGUGGAGAGACAACCUGACAGGUUGAAAUACCGCCUGAGCAAGCGGAUUUCUAAGCUAUCAACUUGUUUCUCCAGGUAUUAUUGGGCUUCGCCGUUGCCAGAGAGUUCAUAUUCUAUGCAGUCGACGCCAACGCUCCAGGACAUCGAAGAUCAUCCCGUUCCCCCUCCCAGUGUUGCUUGCAUCUCUGACUUGUUUUGUCAAACUCGUUAUAGGCAGGUCUAGAAUCGACGGGAUGAGAGAUUAUAUCGACGAUUCUGGGGAGAGAUCGUUGUUCGGAAGUUUUCACGUUUUCACCCGAGUUAACGUAGACGACAGCGGGCUGAAUUUCAUAGAUUUGUUCCCGUGCAUUAAGCAGAUCUCAUUUCGACACCAAUAGUCCUUUUGAUCUCCAGGCCAUACCGUACCUAAUAUCCUCCUUGCCAUUUGGGAUUGUGCUUUUGGGCUUCUCGGCACCAGUGUGGCUUACCUACUUAACUACCGUGGCUCUCUUGCAAGGGCUUCAUCUGUACAGUUAAGUAAGUCUCCAAGCACAAAUUUGCCCUACAGACCGCAAUCAAAUGGUAACCAACGUGGCAAUAGAUCUGAUCCAGGCGUGAAACUGGCUGUUGUCGUUUCUUCGUCGUCGCAGGUUUCCCACGUGACCAUUGAGGGGCCCAGGAAUCAUCACGACGGACUGGCUGAACGUCAGGUUUGAAAGAGGACAUCCCUCUCAGCGUCGUCUCAGUGAAUGGCAAAAAAGGACAAAUUGGUGUUAAAUAAAUGGUUACAAAAGCCGAAAGCUGUCGGGUCCCCGCAGGCU